AGUUACAAACAACAAGUAACGGGCAAACCUUCUUGUGCAUAAUUGUGUCCAGUGACUUUUAAACAUCACACUUUUCCUAGAAUAUCUUGAAAUUACUUUGGCGUAUACUUUGCGAUAAUCGAAGUUUUGUUUUCUCACUCCAGUAAAACAAAAGGAGCCGGGGAAAGUUAAAUACGUUAAUAUUCCACCUUUUACAGGCAGUUUUGUCCCAGUCUGUUGCGUCUCCGUUAUCUUCAGAGAGGUGAGCGGAUGUCCCAGGAACGCUUGGUCGUAAAGGAGGGCAGCUAAAACUAAAUUACUUAAAAAUCUAAGCCAGCAGCACUGCAAGAAGAACUGUUACAAUUCUACAUUUAAAUCCAUUUUAAUAAGAAGGAUCUGCCAGAAAUUCUGUGACUGAAAAAUCCCGUCUCUUUUCACUGCUCGCUGACGCCAACCUUCGAGGCUUGGUUGAACACAAUAUGCAAGAGGAUUCCAAUUCUCCGUUUUCUCCAGUGGAUAGUUCAAGCAACAGCGAGGGGGAACAGGACACGCAGCAGAAGAGAAAUGGCAGGAAGAGGCGUUCGGGCCAAAGGUCUCAUAGACCCAGUACCGGGAAGAAAGGCAUGAAGAUCUCUCCUCUGGCGCAGAGCUUAGAGGACAUUCAGACCCAGAGAGUCGUGGCUAACGUGAGAGAGCGUCAGAGGACGCAGUCCCUCAAUGAUGCAUUUGCAACUCUUCGCAAAAUCAUUCCCACUUUGCCUUCAGAUAAACUCAGUAAAAUCCAGAUCCUUAAACUGGCCACGAGGUAUAUCGACUUCCUUUACCAAGUUCUGCAGAACGACGAGAUGGAUAGCAAGGUAACGAGCUGCAGUUAUCUGUCACACGAGAGACUCAGUUAUGCCUUUUCAGUUUGGAGGAUGGAAGAAUCCUGGCCUUUGUCUGCCGGCCCUUAGCGUCUGCUGUCAAUCAGGUAUAUUGAUUAGCUACGUGGGAACUCUACGCCAGCGCAUCAAGAACAUUUUAAAGAUGAACUGAGUGUAAAUCAAAAGACAAGAGCACUUAAAUACUGGGCUGCGGAUGUGGGUACAGCUAGAAUGAUACCGAGAGACCCAGCAACAUUGGUCCGUGGAUUCCAUAUCUAUUUAUUUGCAUGUGUCUGCAAGGCUUCAAUCCCACCGUAUAUCGGGUGGCGAGACUGAGAAAUCGUUUUGAUUAACAAGGAAGAAAACAAAGAGACAUAAACUCAGAAGUUUAGAAUAUUAUUUUUUUAUAUUUUAAUUGGAAACCGAACUUUAUUUCUGAAGAAUGAGCUCCGAAUUUCGUCGACCGUCUUGUUACUUUAAGGAAAGCUAUAUGGCGUUAUGUUUUGUAAUAAACGCACACACAUUGCGUCCAUUUUAUUUCUGUUUUAUAUUGUGCAUCGAAUUUUGGAGACUCCGCGCUCCCUGGGGGCAGUGGGGGCCUUUAGUAGUUAAACAAAAAAAAAACAAAACCUCAUGCAGAUAAGCUUUGAGAGAAAUAACGUUUCUAUAUGUUUUACGUGGUGAUCCCUUCAAAUAACCCACACGGUUAUCAGACUUGUUGAGUUGCAUCUCCACGAAGAGCAGUCCCCGAGGUUUUAAAUGUUUAAAAGUUCCACUCCCAAUGAAUCUGAAGAUUCCGACAUUUAGAACCACUCCCCCCUUCAAAAUAAAAACAAAAACAAUUGGGAUUAGUGAUUCAAGAUCUGAAAAUAAUCCCACUUUUCGUAAAACGACACAGGUAGAAUGGCGAGAGUUUAAUUAUUAUACAUCGUCUAUGAAUUUCAUCCCAAACUCAGCCCAUGACCAAUGUACAGGUUUUAUCUACAGUACGCGGCAAGUAUAGGCUCGACUUUGCCAGAAAUCCCAUUUACCAACACGCCGUUAUGUUAAAGCUUUGUUGAGUGCUUUACCAAAAUCUAUUUCUUCUCUAAGUGGCCCCUUUCUCACAGACGAUGGGUUAUGAGUGAGAAAUAACGGUGGCGAGUUCCUAGUGCAGGUGUAGAGGGAUUUGCGUUGGUUCCCGUGAGGACGCGUGACAAGAAGAGGAAUUCAUCCAACACAAAAGUUUCAACCUCAAUCAUAUGGUUUGCUAUCAAUAAUAAAAACAGAAGGAGAGAGAAAGGUCGCAGUUUAUAGAACGAUGCUGUUGCACCCGUCCGCUGUCAACAAACCAACCUGGAUUUAGCACUGAAUUCAAUGCAGUGUUAAAAAUGCAGAAUUAAUUGGUUCCAAAAAUUGCAAUUUCUCUCAAAUGUUUGCAUUGUGCUCUAAAGUUUAGUCACGAGUGAUUUUAAAUUGUGACGUAUUUACCUUUUUAACAGAAAAUUCAAAUUUGCUUUUAAUUUUCUUAUAACUUGAAAUAAGCGUAAAAUAAAAAUGGAACAGUGCUUUCAAAAGAU